AUGAAAACAACAUUCGAUGAUUCUUCCUCUACCGAUGAUCCCACCUCCGAAUCACCCGAGACUGAAGUUUUUGAGGACCGACUCUCGCAGGUACGUCUGCGUUAUUGUAGUGGCACAGGGAAGAAAUUCUAUGCACAGAAGAGCAAGAAGUCCGGGACGAAAUCCGGUGGGAGUUCAGGAUCUAGGGCAAACAUGUACCUCCCAUCGGUGCCUUUGAAGGAGCCGAUUUCAGUUAUUCUUGUUGGAGAUAGGAAAGAUUCUACAACUUAUGUACGUAACAAAAAGAAAGCUUGUGACUCUGUGGGAAUUAAUUCUUAUGAAGUCAGGUUGGCUAAGGAUUCUACCGAAGAAGAAGUUGUUAACCACAUUUCAAAGUUUAAUGAUGAUCCCUCUGUACAUGGAAUACUUGUUCAACUACCUUUGCUUCGUAAAGAUGUUGAUGGAUUCCACCCUCAGAAUGUGGGUCGUUUAGCCAUGCGAGGGAGAGAACCGUCAUUUGUUCCCUGCACACCUAAAGGAUGCAUAGAGUUGUUGCAUAGAUAUGACAUCCCCAUCAAAGGAAAAAGGGUAGUGGUGAUUGGUAGGAGCAACAUUGUUGGAACGCCUGCUGCUUUCUUACUUCAAUUUAUUGGUACUCCCCACUGGAUGGCUCAAGAGGUAAUCCAGGAAAGCAGAUAUGAUGGGAAGGUACUUGGAUUAACAGCUGUCACCUUUUCAUCCAAGCAUGAUGUUAGCUGUUUUGCACCAGAUAUCAAUGUACCUUCUCAAUUCAUGAGCAAUUUAAUAGAUGAUAGUUCUUCAAGUGAGCUUCUAGAAGGAACUCAGAUUUAA